AUGAACGUACCGGAAAGCGUGAAGCAACAUCUCCAAUCCGAGCAGGGAACCGGGAGCUCGAAGGGAAUAAAUCAGCCGAGUGCCGAUAAAGAAGAGAAACAAUCCUACAAAGCCUGGGCUCAAAAUGCGUACAACUCCCAAUACGAGUCCUGGAUGCCUUGGAUAGAAGACCAAUAUCUGAGGUGGUUCGGGAAGGGCGAUAAUAAGGCUUCCUAUGCGACGAAGGACUCGCUUUCCAAGACCAAAAUCACGGGUAUCGAUCAGGUUGAUCAGGCUCAAGAUGAUACGUCGAAUCUGGUUGCGAAUCAGAUUGGGGAUAAGGGUCUUUUGAGUCCGGUUGGUCAGUUUGUUUCAAAGGAGGGGAUUAAUCGGGCUGAGCGGAAUGGGAAGGAUGAGAGGGGGCAGUUUUUGGGUGAGGGGAUGGGUGCUGAGAAAGGUGAUGGAUUGAUUGGGUCUAUUGGGAGUGGUCUUUCUGGUGGUGUGAAGGGGGUGAAGGGUGUUCUUGGUGGUGGUGGGAAGUAA